UUCUAACGCUUUCUUUGGUUUUAUAACCCAUUAUUAUUAUUAGGGUUUAUUACAAGAUCUGUUUCUUUAUUUAUUUUGUGAUCUAUUUAUUUCUUCAGGUUCAAUCUCCAUUGUAUUGUUUGAGAUCUUUAAGUUUAGCAAGUUAUGGGAGAAGCUCCUGCUUUUGUUUCCAAUGAUCUGCAAAGGGAUUUAUUGAAUGGGAUUGCCUUGAAAUCUAGAGGCUUACAAACAACUUGUGAUAUUGGUGAUAAAACUUAUGUGAUAGGUGGAUCGGAUGAUGAAUCGAUGUCUGGAAUUGGAGUUCGUGUUUACAACAAAUCGACAGGGCAAUGGAUUGUUCCCACUGUACUGGGAACUAAACCGAAGCAUUGUGAGGGCCAUUCAGCCGUUUUGUUAAAUGAGGAUCGGGUUUUGAUUAUUAGACAGGGAUCUCCAAUUGACGAUUGUUUCUGGUUUCUUGAGGUGGAUACUAAAUACGUUAGGCAGCAAAAGGAAGUUUAUGAAGGUGAGGAAGUUGUUGCUUGGAGUAAGGGUGUAAGAGGUGAAUACGAGAAGCCCAUUGUUAUAAGUGGUCCUUCGGGAGUUGGAAAGGGAACUUUAAUAUCGAAACUCAUGAAGGAGUUCCCUACGAUGUUUGGAUUCUCUGUGAGUCACACAACACGUUCUCCAAGGAAUAUGGAGGAGAAUGGGGUUCAUUACCAUUUCACUGAUCGUAGUGUCAUGGAAAAGGAUAUAAAAGAUGGAAAGUUCCUUGAGUUUGCUUCGGUUCAUGGAAAUCUUUAUGGUACUAGUAUUGAAGCAGUUGAGAUGGUUUCAGAUGCAGGAAAGAGGUGCAUCCUUGAUAUUGAUGUACAAGGGGCAACAUCAGUUAGGGCUAAUUCUCUGGAAGCUGUAUUUAUUUUUAUACGACCACCAUCUUUUGAUGAACUCGAAAAGCGCCUUCGUGACAGAGGUACUGAAACAGAGGAGCAGAUCCAAAAGAGACUAGGCAAUGCUAAGGCAGAACUUGAGAAGGGAGAGUCCUUAGGCCUAUUUGACCAUAUUCUCAUCAAUGAUAACCUUGAGACUUGCUAUGAAAAUCUAAAGGAACUCCUUGGUAUCAACAACAACUUAACCUUUCUUCCCCACAAUCAACAAGUGCUGGAGCUUGAAGACAUGCCACAAGAGUUUUCCGUAUCGAAAAUUGACAAUAAAAUCCUCAUCAAUUUUGGUGCCAUAGAGUCCACAACAACUCCAAAGCAACAUCAAAUGUUUGUGUUGGAUGUGUCUAAAGUAAACGGAGGGGCACCCGGAAGAACUCGAGGCGUAAACAUCUACCCAGUUGAUACAACUACAUAGAUUGUUUAAUCUCGAUACGAUUUUCCAUUCUUUAUAUUCUAGGGAAGAGAUAUUAUAUAUAGAUGCGGCAUUUGCAUUUCUUGUUUGUGUAUUUUUAUACGCAAAGACAACUUUAAUUAUCUUUUAUAUUUUAAACUAGUA